GCGGAAGAGUACAAGCGCGCGACGCCCUACGCCCACGGCGUCGUCUCCCCGCUGUGCGACGAUUCGAUGCUGCGCCGAGUGCGCGCGGAGAUGAGGGAUAACCUCAGCGCGACGUUCAAGGAGACGGACCUGUUCAAGGUGCUCCAGACCGUGGACUUGGUCACGAUAGACGACCCGGAAAAGGGCGGCGAUCCGGCGAUCGCGGCGAAGAUCCCCGCGCUCCUCCGCCUCCGAGACGCCAUCUACUCGCAAGAGUUCCGCGACAUGGUCCAGACGAUGACCGGCUGCGCGCCGCUCACGGACCGCAUCGACUGCAGCGCGAACGUGUACCCUCGCAGCGGCCACCUCCUGUGCCACGACGACGUCAUCGGCACGCGAUGCAUCUCCUACAUCGUCUACCUCACCGACCCGGACGACGCGUGGACGGAAAAGGACGGCGGCGCGCUCGAGCUGUACCCGGUCGAGACGCCAGGGACGCCCGCGGUGGACCCGACCGCGCGCUUGAUCCCGAGGUGGAACAGCAUGGCGUUCUUCACGGUGCAGCCCGGGCGGAGCUUCCACGCCGUGCAGGAGGUGUUCGCGGAGGAUAAGCCGCGGCUGAGCAUCUCCGGGUGGUACCACGCGGCGACCGCGCCGGAGGGGAGCGAGAACGCGACGCUGACGCAGCUGCAGACGCGAGCGAGCGAGGACGACGACGUCGCGGGGUUCGUGCCGUUUCAGAGCGCCGAGCCGCUCGGGCCGGACGAGGACGACCUCGCGUACCUGUCCCGAUGGGUGAACCCGGAGUACCUCGUCCCCGAGAACGUCGCGAGGAUACGCGCGAAGAUGGAGGAAGACAGCAGCGUGCAGAUGCGGGAGUUUUUAAAGCCCGAACUCGCGAACGCGAUUCGAGCGGCGACGCGCGCGGAGGACGCGCGCGACGCGCUCGGGCGCGGCGCGAUCCCGGCGCGGACCGCGGGCGUCGGGAAAGGAUGGCGCGCGAUCGGGCCGACGCACAAGCAGCGGUUCUUGCGGUUCGACGACGACGACGACGACGCCGGCGCCCCCGACGAGGCUGGCGCCGGGGCGCUUCUGAGGAAACUGAGAGCGGACGUGUUCGCGUCGGAGGCGUUUGCGCGUCUGCUCACCGCGCUCACGGGCUGGCGCCCGACCGCGCACAAGGGCGACGUGCGACGCUUCCGCCCCGGCCUAGACUACACCGUCGCGCACCACGGGAUCCUCACCGUGGACCCUCGGCUGGACGCGACGCUGUGCGUGGUGGACGACGAAGGCGAGGACGACGCACAGGCGUGGGACUUUGGCGAGUGCGGCGGGUUCGAGUGUUACAUCGCCGCGGACGAGAGCGGCGUCGCGUCCGCGGCGGCGACCGCGGAGGUGUACAAAGCCGCCGAGGAGGACGACGAGGACGAGCUCUUGAGCGUCAGCGCGACGUUUAACACGCUGUCUCUGGUCGCGAGAGACGAGGGGCUGAUGCGGUUCGUGAAGUACGUCUCGCACCUCGCGCCGUCGAGUCGGUGGGACCUCGCGAUGCAGUACACCGUCGUUGCC